CAUGACUUGCAGGUUGCAGGGCUCGCGAUUGUCAAUUCUGCGUCAUGCUCGUCAGCUUUUGAAACAGCAGAGGCUUUGCUGGUCGCUUGAGGUCUUUUUGUUGGGUCAUCGACCGAUUAUUCAAUAUUAACCACGGCUUAUUGUUGUUGAACAAGAACGUUUCCUUGCAUCACUGGACAUUUACUGUCUGGUACUGAAGACAGAGCCUCUUUACGUCUUCACCAAUCUCGCGUCCACUUCCCCGGCAAAACCAAGUACCGGUACUAAGCCCAUCCUGUGUCUCACUGGUUCCGGCGGUCCACCCCUCAAGUCCUCUGUUUUCCAGAUCGGUGGCUUACAAUUGAAGCUUGUGGUUCCUUCGAGGAGCUCCCGACCCACCAAAGCUCCCUCUUGGUUCCCCGCAAAGCACGCAAACGCCAGCUGGGAAAAAAGGACUAGGAACUGGGAUCCUUGACCCAGAGACCAAAAGCCAAUCCGAGAUGACGACCAAGUCCGUCCCGAUCUACAGAGUUCACACCGUCAAGUACGGGUGUUCCUUGGGCUAACCUCACAGUCCACAGAGUCGCAGUCGAGUGACGAAAGGGCGCUUUUCCUUGGCCCAAUGCGUGCUAUGCGUUCUCCUCUUCCAAUUCCCUUGCUCAUCCCGUCCAAGUAUCUCGUCACUCGUUCCCCGCGGGCGAGGGACCUCGAUGCUGUUUGUGCGCCCUCCGCCUCGGCCUCGGAGCUACCCAUGCCUUACCAAUUUGCUUCUGGCUUCUCUCUCUGUGUCUAUGCUGCUUCUGUUUCUCGGCAAAGUGAGGUAGCUGUGGAUGGACAUGGCUUUGUGGAACCGACCGUCGUGACUUGCCUCGUGCCUUCCUCUGCCAACCUCACUCCCCUUCUUCGUGUCUCGUUCCCCGACUUUGACCUCCUUCCUACAUCAACAUUGUGAAGCUUCCUCACUCUUGUAGCCUCAGAAAUUAUCGCAAAUAUCUCUCGUAUCCAUUAUCGACUUCGCCGUGUCGCGCAAAAACACGCUUAUAAGCUAGAGUCAACUUGCGACAGCAAUUGUUACGUCAUCAUCAUGUCGGACGGAAUCGCUCCAGCUAUAGACAAAGUCGGCGCACCUGAACCCACGGCCCCCGAGGCCGAGGCCGGCGCUCCCACUUUGGACACAGCGACAGCUCCUUCGGAGCCCGCCAAGCCGGAGGAGACCAAGCCAACUGACGGAGCCGGUGGUCUCCGCGCCCCGCCGAAGCCCGUCGAGGUUGCGUCUGUGCCAGAGACACCCGUCAACAACAUGACACCCGCAGGUGGCACUCCACGACCCGUGCUCAACCUCGAAGAAGAACCAAAGGAAACGCCAAAGAAUGAGGAUGAGAAUGCGUUCAUCACUGAUGCUCCAACUUCGGCGCCUGCUGUCUCCGCCCCAAAGGAUGUCCCUAUGACUGACAAUGCUGCGGACGACAAGCCCGCGGGCAUCAACGGCGCCAGUAAGCCUGAAGUCAACGACAUCGCCGAAGCGGCUGCAGGCGAAAAGCGUAAGGCUGAGGAGCCUCUUGCCGCUACCAACGGCGCAUCCGCCCCCGAUGCGGCAGAGAAGUCGGAAUCGGAGGUGCGUGCCGAGAAGAAGGCUCGCGUUGAAGACGUCGCAGAUGAGCCGACCGCCACUGAGAAUGCUUCGCCAAACGGUAAGCACGAAAACGGGAAAGCUGCGAAGAAGGACAAGAAGGCCACCCCGGUUGCUGGGAAAACGGCACGCAAGACGCGAAGUCAGGGUCCUGUUGAGGUUUAGCAGCAAUGCGAAAUGACAGGCUUUUCCUUGAUCUAUCAUGAUGGUUUAUGAAUGCUGCGGCACAUAAGUUAGGGGUGGGACGGCGAAAAUGGCGGAUGGGAACGGGAAAAGGAACAUCAUCCCGAGAUCUGCCUGGUUCAAGGAUUUGUGGGUAUAUUUGUGCGUCAGGUAGUAAACAUUGUUUGCAUUUGCCAUUUCAUUAAUUAUACAGUGCUCUAUUGAUUAGGAUGCUCUAUCAGCG